GCACCGGAGGCUAACAGCGAUCAAUCACAGGAAUGCACACUGCCGAUGCAGCCACGUAUGACCAUCAAACCACCUGAAUUGACAACGACUCCCUCCGAAUUCGGAACGAAGUUCACCAUCCAACUUUGUCUUCCGGUGGACUACACUCUGAAUGGUAUUCUGCGAAUACUCGGACCCUUUAAAAUGGAAGAAUCUAUCACGGGCGGCUCUAUUCACAUAGUUGGCGUGACCUACGCAAGCCCCGGUUUCGAUCUUAAUGACGCUAAUCUUUUCGUAACUAAAUUCUCUGACGUGCACGCUGAGAUGGCACUAGAGUACCUAUGUGCUUCCAGCUUCGAUACACUCAAAAGAUGUCAGUGCCUAGACAUCCUCGUAGUGGUGAAUUCACCCCCAAUGCCGGCUUCGUCGAUAUUAGCCAACGGCCACUUUGAUGUCCAGUUAUACUCGAAGACUGGUGAGAUCAAAUCAACGGAAGUACACUUUAGAAUUUCUGGACAUGACCAUGGAAUUCAACCCAGUUUUUUGCUGGAAGACAUUUCUAGCAGCACUCAGCUCAUUUCGGGCACAACAAACACGCUUGCAUUGGCUCUACGAACGCUGCAUGCUGGUGUUAUUAAAUUUGAUGUUUCACUCAGUGUGCAGGGACCUGAGGCUGCGUCGGAGGCAGCAACUCAGAUCCUGGAAAUUUCCGCCAUCACAUCUGUUGUCACAUCCUUAACCAUCACGUUUCAACUAACCUCCGAUGCCUUCUUUGAAGGCGUCUAUCCUUUGCAUGCUCGAAUCUCUGGUUUAGACAAGGGAAUCGCAGUAGAACCGAACUGCAAACCAAAGUUGACUAGAAGAAGGGGAGAGGUGUUGUUGACGCAGCACGGAAUAACGUCAACAGCCUUACAUGCACGAAUAACCUGGAACCUCUACCUGCAAUUUUCAUCGGCUGCUCCACCUCGUGUUGUCAUUGAUUUGGCAACAUCAAUCGAAGGUCAGAGUUGGCGGCGAAGCAUCACUCUGAAGUUCAGCAAUUCCAGAGUCGUGUCAAUUGGAGUAUUUCCACUUGGAGGAAUCGGAACUUUUCUUGUCACUGUGACACCACCUCCCUUCACUCUAUCUGACUACGCACUGGAGUGCUAUGCUGAAUUUUCCGGUUCAAAUGAGAGGUUGCCGAGUAGACUGAAGUUCAGUGAUUGGGGUACCGUGAACCAUGCCUUCCCAAACGUCUACUCGAAUCGCGGCCGAUGCUCAGGGAACUCGGUAAAUUUCGGCAAGGUUUUUAUUCCUGGCUCCCGCCAACCAAGUAUUUGGGUGGUUGCUGAGUUGGCUGUUCUUGCCGACUCACCAAAGAGCGUUCAGGGAAGCGUGACUUGUGUGCUUACCUUGGACAAUGCGAUUUCACAAACAUCAACUAGUUAUUUCAGUACUGCGUCGGCGAAUUCCUCACCGAGACAAAGUCAACUGAACCCAACAAUUUGGACGCUGCAGGUGCUUGACGUGCUCACGUGGGCACCACUCAACAGACCGCUUCGUUCGGGGGAGGUAGCUCUAAUUGCGUUUGAGUUCACUGUACCACCAAACACAGUCGUGAUCGAAUCGCCAACCAUUCAAAUUGAGAGCAGUGGUGAUUCCACACUCGAUUCUCCACAUGUUCUCGCUGUCGGAGAAAGCGUUCACUGGGGCGACAACUACCAAAAUUGCAUGAUGCCAAAUGACAAACCACCAAAACCGAACAAAAUGUAUACCUUCAACAUGGGGAGCCUUCUUGCCAAGGGGAAUGACGAUUCGAAGGUCACCGUGGCCUGUUACAUGCGUGUUCAACUUCCAUCAAAUCUCUCAGCUGCAAACAUGACUGUGAAGGGGACCCUGGGAAACCACAUCGUGACGACUGUCAUUGCACUUUCAAAAUCAUCCGACGUUUAUCUUGGACAUCCACUUACAAACGACGAUAUUUCGUUGUCACUUGUGGGACCGGAUGUUAUCGAAAUGAUGCCCAAUGAACAGGAGAAUCUCAGAUUGCGUUUCUGCACCAAACCCGGGACGUACCUCAACGACUUGCAAUUCGAGGCCUUCUCUGAAGAUGAUACUUACGAAGAGGAAGUUCUCACGGUGAAUCACCUAUCGUACAGUGCUUCUGCAAACUACCCGGGCCUGCAGUAUGCCACACAGGAGGUCAUAUUAGACAGACGGAAGCCGAGUGUUCAAAUAUGGAGGCGAGGUACCACUCUUGGACCGGUGUUUAACUCCGGUAGGCAAGCGUUCGUGGCGCUUUUCACGAGCAAAUUCGCUAUAUCUCGUGGUCCUUUCAAACUGCCGAAUACACAGUACAAAAUAUAUCUGUGUAUAUGCCUUCGUAGGUAA